UCCUCUUAGUCCCCCUCCUAUGUCCUGGACUCUUAUUUUUUUGUCUCAAGAGUGAUGUUGAUUUCUGAGAAGUUUGGAAGGUAGAGAGCGGAGAAUAUGAUGAGAUUUCCAGCGUUUUUGUUGCUUCUCCUUCUUUCUUUCGAUUCGAAAUCUCUGUUUGUGCCGUCUGAAUCCGUUACAGAUGAUGAGAUUUCAGCAUUGCAAGCUUUCAAGAUGGCCGUAUAUGAUGACCCUCUGUCGAGAUUAUCUGAUUGGAACAUCCAAAAUGGAAAUCCAUGUGGCUGGUUUGGCAUCUCAUGCUCGGAUUCUCGCGUGGUUGCCUUAAACCUUUCCAAUUCAUCGUUGACUGGAUUCAUCACACCGCAGCUUGGCUCUCUAAAUUCUUUGCAGAAACUAAUUUUGAGUAAUAAUUCUUUUCAUGGAUUGAUACCUAAACAACUUAGCAUGUUGAAAAGCCUUACUGAGUUAGAUUUGAGUUUCAAUCAUCUAUCUGGACCAAUUCCUCCUGAGAUUGGAAAGUUGACUAGAAUUGUGAAAAUAAAUAUUCGGUCUAAUGGGCUGAUUGGUACUUUGCCCCCCGAGCUUGGUAAGCUGGUGAGGCUUGUUGAGCUAUGGUUAGAUAGAAACAAGCUUAAUGGAGACAUUCUUGGAAGCAGCAAUUUAAAUAAGUCUGCCUCCCACACUAAUGGCACUGGCUUAUGCGGAUUGCAUCGGUUAGAAGUUGGAGACUUCUCAAACAACUUUUUUGUUGGGAACAUACCCUUAUGCUUGAAGUAUCUUCCCAGAACAAGCUUCCAAGGAAACUGCCUCCAAGUUGAACACUCCGUCUCACAACGCUCUGCUCAACAAUGUAGCUCUGCAAAUAGCCAGCAAGUUGCCAGUGACACAAACAAUAGUCCCUAUGAGGGGAAAAAAAACAAAAAGCCACGGGAACCAGUGUGGCUUCUGAUUCUGGAAAUUAUAACAGGAGCUCUUGUGGUCCUUUUUCUAAUAACCUGUACUAGUGCUGCUUUUAAGAGAUGCAAAGCUAAAUCGUCUGCUAUUCUUCCAUGGAAAAGAACCACAGACUGGAAGGACCAGAAAACAAUAUCAAUUGAUGGUGAGUUACUGAAAAAUGUAUUAAGAAUAAGCCGCCAGGAGCUUGAACUAGCUUGUGAAGAUUUCAGCAACAUAAUUGGGUCAUAUCCGGAUAGUGUAGUUUACAAAGGUACUGCAAAGGAUGGGCCUGAAAUUGCUGUUAUAUCACUUAGUAUUUCAGAAGAUCACUGGACAAGUUACCUUGAGCUUUACUUUCAGAAUGAGGUGGCAGAUCUGUCUAGGUUAAAUCAUGAAAACACAGCAAAGUUGCUAGGCUACUGCAAAGAGAGUGAGCCAUUUUCAAGGAUGCUUGUUUUUGAAUAUGCAUCAAAUGGGACACUGUAUGAGCACCUGCACUAUGGUGAUGGAUGCCAGCUAUCCUGGUUCAGACGAAUGAAAAUUGCUGUAGGUAUUGCUCAUGGACUAAAAUAUCUACAUACUGAAUUGCAGCCUCCAUUCACAAUGUCUGAGUUAACCUCCAGUGCAGUUUAUCUGACUGAAGAUUUCUCUCCAAAGUUGGUUGAUUUUGAAAGGUGGAAAAUAAUGCUUCCAUAUUCAAGAGCAGACUCUGGUUACAUCAUUAAUGGAGGGCCUUUUCAUGGACCUAUGAUUUCCUUAGAGAGACGGCAUAUGGAUGUCCAGGGAAAUACAUUUGCUUUUGGAGUACUGCUGCUAGAGCUAAUAAGCGGGAGACCUCCGUUUUGCAAAGACAGAGGGUGCUUGGUAGAUUGGGCUCGGGAGUAUUUGGAGAACCCGGAAGAGAGAGGAAAAUUGGUAGACCCUGAUCUGAAAAAUGUCAAGCCUGAUGACCUCUCCAUAAUAUGCAGUGUCGUGAACCUCUGCUUAGAACGUGAACCAUUUAAGAGACCAUCAAUGCAGAUAAUAACUGCCAUGUUGGAGGACGGUAUCGACACCUCGGCAACUGCCCUUCUCAAGGAGUCUCCUUUGGUGUGGGCAGAGCUAGCCCUAUCCUCGUAGUUGUCGGUCUUCAAACUGUGAAUUCAAAUUGUACAUAAGAACACCUUGUUUUUCUUUCCUUUUUCUUUUUUCCUCCUCUUACUUUCUUAUACAAUGGUGUUGCAUGUUCAGGCUUUAGAGCCACUUGCACAGCAUCUGGCGUCUACUGUACAUUGCUGAUUAAUGAGUAUACACGUCAUUUAAAUUUUAAUGAAAAUCCCUGGAAAUUUUUAUCGAGCCCCAUAUUGUUUGCUUUUCAAUACAACUCUGUUUUCGGAAUUAUAAGAUUAACACAAAUUUAGGUUGCCAUUGGCAAGCUAAUUUGCUAUUUUUAUCCACACGUACUGUUGUCAUAUGAGCUGAACAAGAAAAGGAUAAUUUAUUUAAUAUGAAGUUUUUAGGCAUGGAAGGGUGAUCAAAAAGUUUUCAGAUGAUACACUAUUAUAACCUAGUAAUUCUAAAGUUGUAUAACAGCAUUCAAGAGUGUAAGAGAUUUGUGUAUUAUUCUGAACGAUGAGUUUUUCAUUACAUUUUGAAGACUGGAUCAAAUCUAAUUGUAAAGUGUAACAUAUUUUAAAUUUCCCCCUGAAACUUGAGAAGUAGAAACUGGAAUGUCAGAGUAAAAUGCUUGAUUUGCAAUGUAAGUUCAGUGACAGGUGUUGAAGACCCCACAAAAUGAGGAAGUAAAAGCUCAAGCUGAUUCUGUGGUGCGUGCUGCUGAAGUUGGUUUGUAAAGGGAUGUUGGAUUCAAGGUAGUGCAAUCAGCUGUGUAGAAGUUUCUAUCAACUUGGUGAGGUUAUAUUGCCUUCCCGUUUAUUUCUAGUUUGCUAUCUUUCCCUGGUAAGGCUGGGUUGAGAUCUGGCAAGAACUCUAUGCCUCAGUUUAAAUUAUUUUGGUAUCCUUUAAUGAAGCUGUAAGCGGCUAUGUCCGUCAACCUAGGUGUUUUAUAUAGAAAAGAGAGAUCUAUAAGUUAACCAUUUCUUGGAAAAAUAAUUGAAUAUGUCAAUAUUCA